AUGGACGGCGUUCAGGAAUCUUCGUCCAACCCUUCCCCCGCUGGCGGUUUCAAGAAGGUCUUCUCACGCUCCAAUCGCAGUCUAACCACCCCGAGUCAGGAUUUCGAGAGCCUCACCAGCUCCAGUCGCAGCAAUGGACGCUCCUCCGUCGAUUCGACCCCGGAAGUGCCCCGACCCAAGACGAGUAGCGGAGACCUUGGGCCUGAAGACGCGACCAAGCGCAUCACCAAGCUGCUGGCCAACCGUCGCAAGAAAAAGAAUAACAAUAACAACAAGCUGACGGCGUCUACUGCCUCUGCAGACUCGUCCAGCCAGCUGAGUGCCGAUGGCGGCGCUUCGCCAUCCCCAGAGGACGCCCCCGCGUCGGAGUCCUCUGCCAAUGGAAGCGUGAAUGCGCAGGAGCACUCGGGCGACAGUGUCAAUCUCUUGAUGGAUGAUUCAGAGCCGGAUCAAACCCCGGCGCUUGUCUCGUCUGACUCCCAUGCUGAACAUAUGACUGGGUCCUCUCCGCUCAUCACCACUACAACGGUGGACAUCACCGAGGAGGCCGCAACAGAUAUAGACGCUAAGUCUCCAUCCCGGCGCCACAGCGACUCCGCGCCAGAAGCCUUUCCGGGUUUUCUCGGGACUACAGCAACGGCAUCUGGUCCCCCAUUACCCGACAAUUCGAAGAAAAGAGGCGUAUCUCCCGCGAGAAGAUUGAAGGAUGCCCUCACCUCUUCCCAGGACAAGAAGAGUCCCGGUGUCAGUCCCGACCGCAGAUCGUCUCAGUCAUCCGGAAGUCACAGGCGCAGCCUCUUGGGCAGUCGACGGAACAGUCUUGCGGAGAGCCGGGCGACUAAACGCGCCGACAGCCCGCCGCCGCCUCUGCCAAAGCCUCUCAAGGUCGUUACUACACCAACCAAGGCCGAUGAGAAGCCAGCACCACGUUCCCUGAGGACUCCUCCGGCGACUAGCGUACCGACAGUGGUCACCACUACCGUGACUCCGCCGACCCCAACGGAGCCGCGCAGCGCAGCCCUGAACAAAGUGUUCACUUCGGAUCUCACAAGUUCUCCAGAGUCGAUCAAGGGGAAGGUUUCAGACAACUUGCCCCCUGGGACAGUUGUGAGCCCCUCGGGCAACAUGAUCUCUCACCGUCGUGCGCGCUCCGCAUCUGCCACUGGCAAUACUCCAAGCAAGUUGUCGCAGGCGACUACCAUUUCUCCAACAACGGAAGAGUCUCGAGCUUCCGGCUCGCGGAUGCCAUCGGCGAGUCAGAGUGGAUUCUUCUCGUCAGUCUUCUCCGCCGCCCAGAACGCUGCUUCAACAAUCAGCAGCAGUCUUGGCGCUCCAGCCAAAAAUCGCAGCGUGACACAGCCAUCCGACAUGGGGAAACAAUCCACGGAUGGCGCUGCAGAUGGUCAGCCAGGCGCUUCGUCCUCGCAACCGGAGUCAGACAAUGGUGACGAGCAGAAGAAGGAACUCGCAGUCAAUACCCUCGGCAGCGGGGACUUGAAUUUUAGCCACCUUAACAUUGAUGCCCCUGCGAGCGGCGUCGUUACCACCAAGGAUGGCGUUGUCAUCACGAAACCGGAUCUGUCAGUCGAGAGUCGUAUAUCCAGCGUUGCUGCGCGAAGGGACGAAAUGUCCGCGCGGAUCGAGGAUAUGCGAGCCGCAAGGGCUGUCUCCAUGGCCUACGAGAAGUCUUCCGAUCGUUCUGCAACUCCCCCAGUCUCCGGGAUGGAGGACGGCGGCGCCGACGCCCGUUCCUCCGGGGCUCCUUUGAGCAAGGAACCCAGCGGAGAACAGACACCCAAUGGGAGCGUCUUCGAGGGAGAGACUGGUGGAAACAUGAAACGGACGGGUAGUGUGCGCAGUCGUCUAGCUAAGCGUCGUCAUCGUGGCUCCUCAGGCGCCACCGGUUCCACCAUUGGUGCCAUUGGAAUGAGUGCCAUGUCGCUGGGUAUGCCGGGCGCCAAUACGAGCGUUCCGCGCCUGACGGGCUUUGCUGUAGCCAGCAAGAAACGCAAUCGAGACUUCCAUCAACUAUUCCGGAGUGUGCCAGAGGAUGACUUUCUGAUCGAGGAUUACAGCUGUGCCCUGCAGCGAGAGAUCAUUCUCGCUGGUCGCAUCUACAUCUCCGAGGGUCAUAUCUGCUUCUCGAGUAAUAUCUUGGGCUGGGUCACGACGCUCGUCAUCAGUUUCGACGAGAUUGUUGCCAUUGAGAAGGAGAACACGGCGAUGGUUUUCCCCAAUGCCAUUGCAAUUCAGACCCUCCACGCGCGACAUACGUUCCGCAGUCUGCUCAGUCGCGAAGCCACCUAUGACUUGAUGGUCAACAUCUGGAAGAUCAACCAUCCGUCCUUGAAGAGCUACGUUAACGGUGUCCGUAUCGAUAACGGCCUCGGUGAUAAGACCGAAAAGGCGGAUGAAAGCGACGCGGCCAGUGACGGAGCUGACGAGGAUGACGAGAUCUACGACGAGGACGAGGAUAACGAUGGUAUGGGUAGCGUGGAAGACGCCGGGGAGGGAAGCCUUGUCGGAAGCGAAACGGCCGAAUCGGUCAAGCCCCUCAGCCGAAAGACGUCGGCACUCACAGGCAACGGCUUAGGUGCGGCAUCGGCAUCAACGCCGGCACUUCCUUCCACAGCGGAUGCUAGAAAUGGCGACAAGAAUGGGACAGCCGGGGGCGAUGCGAACAAUGAUUUCCCGGGACCAGCAACCCAUCCGCCCACCGAGUUGAACGACCCUGCCGGGCGUUAUGACAAGGUCGUCAAGGACGACAUCAUUCCCGCUCCGCUAGGCAAGGUAUACAACAUGGUCUUUGGACCCGCCUCUGGUGCUUUCAUGACCAAGUUUCUCGUGGAGGAGCAGAAGUCCACCGAGUUGCAAUUUGAGGAUGACAAGAAAGGUCUAAACAACGAAAAUAAAACCCGGCAGUAUUCCUACAUCAAACCUCUGAAUGGAUCAAUUGGUCCGAAACAGACCAAGUGUAUCAGCACGGAGACACUGGACUUUUUCGAUCUGGAAAAGGCCGUUCUCGUGACGCUGGCGACCCAGACGCCUGAUGUCCCCAGCGGCAAUGUAUUCUGCGUGAAAACGAAAUAUCUCUUCACGUGGGCGGCGGGGAAUCAGACCCGAUUCUUUAUGUCUUGCGCGAUUGAGUGGUCGGGGAAGAGCUGGCUCAAAGGACCGAUCGAAAAGGGCGCCAUUGAAGGUCAGACCAGUUUUGGCAAUGACCUGGUGAAAGCUCUGAAGGCGGCUGUGGCUCCCCGCAGUCGUACUGAUGGCGCAAAGGGUGGCAAGGCAGGCAAGGGUCGACGAAAGAAAGGAGGUGCAGCUACUUCAGGUGAAACUGCUGCGGCUGCUGCGGCCGCCGCCAGUGCAGCGCUUGAGGCCAGCAAACGUGAAGCGCAAUCAUGGGGUGUUCUGGAGCCUCUUCGGGAACCUCUUGGGCCCAUUGUCAGUGUCCUCAAACCCCUCUGGAGCGCACACGUUGCACUUGGAAUUAUUGGGCUACUGUUGUUUACGAUCUACUCUCGGGGCCCUGCUCCGUCGUCUACGAUGUCUCCUGAGAUCGGGUAUCGAGGAUUGACGAUGCCUCAGCGACUUGCUGCUUAUGAAGAGAUGUGGUGGAGGGAAGAGACUGAGCUGUGGAACUGGUUGGAAGAGCGGGUCGGCAUGGACGGCUACAGCUUUCCAGUUGCAGAUCAGAGACAUGAGUCCCAGGCACGUCAGCGUCAGCGACGCCAGAGGCUGCGCAGCAAGGACCUGGCCGCCAGGUUGAAUGAAGCGAGGAUGUCAGAGCGCGAGGUGGACCAGGCCAUUCGCGUAACUCGUGAGCGGCUGGAUGUUCUCGAAGAGAUAGUGAACAAGCGCAAGAGUCAACGCCAGAUGGCGGAGACCGAGACGAGUGACACUGAAGAGGAACAGAAAUGA